AUGAAGCUGCGUGUACUGCAAAUCCGUCCCAACCUUUUGUGGAUACGCAAAAGUUCCGAUGAUGUCCCAUUCUCCGUUUCCCUUAUAGGGGCCAAGUUCGAUUCCCUUAGCUACCGUCGUAAAGUUGAUCUCCUUGUUGGUAUAGCUCCAUUCCCCGAAGUCGAGGGUGCAUCGCUGCGUGUCGAAAGGGUAGAAUGUGACGUCAAUAUCGCAGUAGCCAUCUAUAUCCUAAUCUAUUUUUCACCGACUUCAUAUCUAUCUAUCUAUCUAUCUAUCUAUCUAUCUAUCUAUCUAUCUAUCUAUCUAUCUAUUUUUAGUCUCUCAGUUGGAUAUAACAAUAUUGAAAAUGGUUAUUUAUACUUGGGUCCAGACUCAGAUAACCAACACCUCUCCCGACCUGAUUUUGUCAUUCUGUCAAACAAUAUCUAUCUAUCUAUCUAUCUAUCUAUCUAUCUAUCUAUCUAUCUAUCUUCUUGGAUAUAUGAUAUAUUUUACAACAUUGGCAUUGAUGUCCUGGACAGUCUUAUUACCGUGAAAAAAAUACUCAUCAGUCAAUGCAUCUAUCUAUCUAUCUAUCUAUGUUCACAUCAGACAUCUUUUUUCCCAUUUUUCUACCAUUCUAUGCAUAUACGUCUAUAUCCUAAUCUAUUUUUUCGGCCUGUUGAUUUCUUUCUUUCUUUCUUUCUUUUCUUCGGCAAUAUCUAUCUAUCUAUCUAUCUAUCUAUCUAUCUAUCUAUCUAUCUAUCUAUCUAUCACGUUCUCUCUAUCAAUUUUUUCGUAUUUCAUAUUAUUGAUUCUCUCUUUUUUGACAAGAUGCCUUUUUUUCAUCGCGGUCUUCUUUUUUUAUAUCCAUACUUACGCGUUGUCAAUAAUAAUUUCUGGGCUCCAAAGGUGUUUUCUUUCCAGGAGAACAAAGGUUACAUUAUGAUGUUGCAUCGGAUACCAGGUUAG